GAGGAAAUGUGAAAGGUGCAUGUACUGUCAACUAUUGUGUUAAAAAUCCUGGUAUCAUACUGAAUAUGUUAUCCAAAUGACAGAGUGGAUUCAUCACUAUUAUCGGCUGAUUCAUUCACUGAUCAUGGACUUGCCAGAUCACCAGCCCCAACAUGGAGCAAUCUCUCAUUCCAUCUUCUAGAGAACCUUGGAUAACUGAUUACUGGUUUCAUGUGUUUUAAAUUACAGGUUUCUCAAUUGAUAGACAGACAGACUUUAUGAGAAAUCAUGUUCUUUCAAGAGAAGGACAAGGACUAUACAGUCAACAAGGUUCCUUGUUUGCUGACCUGUUGGGUGCUACCCUUGAAUCUCCCUUUUUACUUCAUUACAUGGCCCUAUAGAUUUGAGGGCAAUCCUUUGCUACUGGUCAUGGACUUCACCUUCAUCCAUUGGUGAAAAUCAACAAGAUAAUGCUAUAAUACAAGAUUGAUAAUUGUGUAGUUAGAUAAAUUACAAGUGCAUCUCUGGGCUCCCUUCUUUUCUGUGGCCCUGUUUCCCUAAUUAACCAACUAUUCCUCAACUCUUUGCUCUUUUUCCUGUUUCUCUAAACCACUGGCUCCCUUUUUGUCGCAGUCAAUUAAGGCACCCCCGCGGCGCCCACCUGAUUCACCAUACCGAAUCAGAUUCAUGUAAUUUAUUUAGAAUUUUAUGUUUACUAUACUUUUGUUUUUUUUUUUAAGUUUUAAUUGAUAUUUCUUACGGGAACCUCGCAAACCGGAACGGGAUGCCAGCAUUUUAAUAGAAGGGUAAAAAACUAACGACACUGCUUUAAAAAAUAAAAGUCAUUUCUCUACAUAGUUGAAUCGAGGUCUACCAGGUGGCGCAUAAUUUAGCGGGACUGCCGGUUGUUAACAGUUUUUCUAAUGUUAACAACUAGGAAAUUCUUCGACCUCAUUUCUAGUAUUUCGAUCACAGACACACACAAGAAAAAAAAAGGGAAAAACAGAUGUGUCUGCAUUCGCCAGACCGUGUGUGCAUAUUGAUGCACCGUAGUAUAUACAACUGGGCGGGAAAAUGUCGAGUAUAUAAAGCCUCUCGAAUAUAAAGCCUCACGUUUCGUUGUUACGUUAAAACUGGAGCGUGAAAACACGCGGGAGGUAGUAAGAUUUACAUUUUGAAAAUGGACGCGAACAAAGGGUAGAUACUCUUUUUUUCAAUUUUUUCGUUGCGAAUAUUAUUUGCAAUUUGCAUUUUGCAUUAUGUUGUUAGCGAAUUUUGUUGGUUCGUUUCUUAAUUUUGCGCUCGACAAUUUUUUAAAUCUGGCAAUAGUGCAUCUCGUAAAAAUAAUGCAACCGAUUUUUCGCGCCCAGCAUUUUAGGGUAGGCUAAAGGGCGACAGAGAAAAAUAAUAUUUAGAAAUUAUUUUCGUUGACUGUUUUGGGUGUCAUUUUGUACUUUUGAGGUCUUUCAGAUUAGUCGAUUUAGAUAACUGUUUUCCUUAAUAUGCCUCAGCCGAAAUGGUACCACAAAUCUCUGGCAGAAUUGUGUAUGAACAGUAUCGUCGAUAACAUGGAGAAAUGGACGGAAUCGCGUAGUUCAGUGCACGUUUCCAGCCUCUUUUACCUUCUGCCUUCACAUUGUCUGGAGUACAUGACUGAAUACUACGCAAUAACAGAGGACAUGUUUGAUUUAUUACUUUUAAGCCCACACAUGAAAGUUCUGGAUUUAUCACAAGAUUAUUGGGGCACUGGACAUGAUCUACAAAGAAAUUUUCGCAUCUUUCGUCUGGCAUCUGUCAAUUGUUUGCAACUCACCACACUGAAGAUCAAUGAUGGCGGUUUUUCUUUUCCUUUUUCCGAUCCAAACAGAAAUUUUGAAGUAGAAGAGACUUUUGCUUCUAUUUUGCAGCUUUUCGAACACCUGCAGAUCCUUGAUUUAUCUGGCACAAUUUAUGGUGCAAGAAGCAUGCUCAAACUUGGAUCAACCAAUAAACCAAAAAUAAGGGAGUUGCUGGUUAACGGCUGCCCUGGUGUGACCGAUACAGUAGUUGAAGUGUUUUGUAAAGGUCAAAGUUCCUUUUAUAAACUAUCACUUAUACAAACGAAAGUGAGUCAUAUCGGUUUAAGAUUUGCUAUCGAACAUUUGGCAGAGCUGAAAAAACUAAAUUGCGACAAUCAAUCUGAUGUCUACAAAGCUUUUCGUAGAAUUCGUAAAGAAUCCAGAGAAUCAAAAAAAUAUUCCUUGAUUAAGUUGUUUAUGGAGAACAUGGUGUGGACUCCACUACACAAAGUCCCUUAUAAAAAAGGCAGCGUUUCAUUGAUGGUUGACAUGUGUCCGUCGAUCGUCGAUGUUUUAUUGAGUGUUAACGACGAAGGAUUUACGAAUGAGGAGUUAUUAGGUUUUCGAGAACUUAAACUACUAAAAAAUCUCAAAAUUGGGAUGGACCGAUUCACGAUGUCACCGUUCUCUAUUCGUGGCGGAGUAAUUCCUCUUCUACAAGCUCGUGGCCCUACACUUGAAGAGUUAUCUUUAUGGAUGGAAGUAACGAGUGAAGAAGUAAAUCUCAUCAUCGAGUGCUGCCCGAAUGUUCGCCGUUUGCGACUUGUUAUAAAAAGUACCGAUCUGGGAACUCCCGAACUGGCGGUAGAUGAUCGCGUCCACUCUUCUCUUUGUUCCCGAAAGGAAGUAUUUCCGUUAAGGAUGCUGGAUGUCAUCUCUCUGAAAUCUAACCAAUUUUCCCCAUCCCGUUUCUACGCCAUUUCACGCAAAUUGUUGCUAUUGCUUUUGUCUUCCCCUACUCUUACAAAGAUUUCCAUAGACGAGUGUUUCACUCUUGAUGACCAGAUCAUUGAGGAAGCUUGCACUGAAAACAGCUUCAAGAAUUUGACCAAGUUAAAGUUUCACGGUUGUUCUAAUGUGAGCCAGAAAGGCAUCGAUUUCUUCCUGAACGAAGCGAAUCCUUUGUCCGAAAUCAUUGUAACAAACUGUGGAAAUGUGAACCUUGAGCAUAUGAAAACCAUGGCUCAAGAGAAGCACUGGGAUCAGGUAAAAAUAAUUGUUAGAUAAGAGGUUGUCACAGUGAGACAAAUGUUUCUUUUUUCUAGUUUUACCUGUUCGAACACUUUUUUCAUGUUUAUAUGCUUUCACAAAAUGCCCACUUAAAGGAAAAAUGAAUGUUGUUUUGUCUAA